GACGUUUCAUCCUCGUGCCUGCUGACUGCCAUUUGGUUUGUAUCUCUUCCGUCAUUAGUUGCGAGUACCAGUUUGCUUCCUACCCUUUCCUUACAUAAUAUGCUCAAACUUGACCUAGUCAGUAUUAAAUCUCGCAGAUUGUUCCUCGCUCGAAAAAUAUGCUGUUCCUUGCGAGAAACGCCGCGAGUGGAGUGAAACUGUGUUCCUGUGGAUUAGUCAAGAUCCUUCACGGACGGUUCUAUUGCAGUCAGCAGCAACUAGCGGCCGCCACAACAGCGUCUGGCCGUACUCCAAUCGAGCAUUUGGAGGACAAAAUUGCUCGCUCGGAAAUUCAACGAGACCCACACCAGGAACGGAUUACUGAGGCCUUGCAGCAUGUCUACGACAACAUUCAAAGCUACAGUCCUCCGGAACCAAGCAGUGGAUUGGGAAAAUGGUUUGGUUUGAAAAGUGCUAAAAAGGUGCAAGCUCCUAAAGGUUUAUACAUAUACGGUAGUGUAGGUGGUGGAAAAACCAUGCUUAUGGAUAUGUUCUACGAUUGCUGUGAGAUAAAUCGCAAGCGACGGGUGCACUUCAAUUCGUUUAUGACAGACGUCCACUCGAAGAUUCACGAGAUUAAAUCCAAACAGGUCCGUGACGUUACGAGUGCCAAACCGCAGCCCUUCGAUCCUAUCAAACCGGUUGCCGAGCUUAUCAGUGAAGAUUCCUGGCUAAUUUGUUUUGAUGAAUUCCAGGUCACAGACAUUGCGGAUGCGAUGAUCCUGAAACGAUUAUUCACCUACCUUUUUGACAGCGGCGUUAUCGUGGUGGCAACAAGCAAUCGAGCCCCCGAUGACUUGUAUAAAAAUGGUCUACAACGAAGUAACUUUGUGCCGUUCAUUGGGGUGCUCAAAAACCAUUGUGAUAUUGCCACCUUGGAUAGCGGGGUCGAUUACCGGACAGCGACACUGAAAGGCGAAGGAUCCCAUUACUUUGUUAAAACACAAGGUGACGCCAAUGAUGCUAUGAAUAAAAUAUUCAAGGUUUUAUGCUCCCAGGAAAACGACAUGAUUCGACCCAAAACUUUUACUCACUUCGGACGUAACAUAUCGUUCGCCAAAACUUGUGGACAAGUUUUGGAUAGCACAUUUGAAGAACUCUGUGAUAGGCCUCUCGGAGCAUCCGAUUAUCUGCAAAUAUCGCAAUUUUUCCACACCGUACUGAUAAGGGAUAUUCCUCAGCUGAAUUUGAAACUGAAAUCGCAAACAAGACGAUUUAUCACGCUUAUCGACACGCUUUACGAUAGUCGCGUUAGGUUAGUGGUCUCCUCGGACGUUCCGUACAAGCAGCUAUUUUCGAACGACGUACCAGAAGAUAUUCACACCUCGGACGAGCAUCGAAUGCUGAUGGACGAUUUGAAAAUCACCAAGGACUCCAAGGACGCCAGUUCAAACAUCUUCACCGGCGAAGAGGAACUGUUCGCCUUCGAGCGAACCGUGUCUCGUCUGGCAGAAAUGCAAUCCACCGAGUAUUGGAACCUGUGGGAAAAACAUCGAUAGACGCAGACGCAGGUGAAGAUCAUUCUCUUGUACUUAAAGAAUGCACAAGUUACACUGAUUGUUAAGGUUCUAGUUAAAAAGUUAUUUAUAUGAAAUGUUGUAAAUAUAUUUAUUUCCAUUGACGCAUGUGGUGUCAGUCAAAA